GUUACUUACGCCACAUAUGUAACCUAUAUGCCAGCUUCACUCAAAAAUAACUUUCUUCGUUCAAACCGAACGAUUCGCGAAAGCCUUAAGAAUCGGUUCGCGCGAAUCGUUAGAAAGAACCGACUCGAAACAACAAUUUCCUCCGCGAAUCGGACAUCGCGUUCGUUCGCGUUUAGAAAGUGAGCUCUCCGGGAUCUCUCCGUGUAUACACACAGACACCCUGAAAAGUCAGGUUUGCCAGGUCUGGUUUAUCAGGACGGCGGAACUGAAGCCGUUCCCGUAUCACCUUCCUUCAUCCGUGAAACGGGCGGUCGCGCGGUUAUUAAUGACUUUUGGUGGAAAAAGCCUUCGGUUCGAGCAUACGGUGGAUUUUCAUGUGUUUCACGGGUGAUUUUCAGAUUGAUCUUUGGCACGCUUUGCAUCCUCAAAGGAGCCACAGAUCGGAGCGUGCUGUGGAUACGUUACGGACAAACGCAGCUGCAUUUCCAUGAGAAACGGACGGACUGAAGAGAGACCCACGUUUUCAUCACUGAACCUAUGAGAAAAUCUUAAUUUGCACGUCUCGUGGUAAUCCCAACAGCGAAAAUGGGAGGAUAUGUACAAUUUCUAAGCAUAGCAGAAGGCAGCCGCGCUGUAUUGUGAGAUGCAUUUCCAUAUUACACACAGCACCGGAGCGCAACAUGUAUUUCCUGCGUGAAUCCCGUACGCACCGUUAACGCACAGGAUGCGUUUUAACAGACCGUAUCAGGCCAAGAUACGCUCUCCGAUCACGAUCGCGUCCGUUUUGUCGAUUUAAGCUGCCGCUCGGCUUUAAUAUUGCUUAUCACGGGGUGUCAUGCCGAUCUGGGGCGAAACGUCUCGUUCGACGGUCGCCUCGCUUCCUUCCUGGGUCCUGAUGUUCUUCAUCCAUGCGAGGAUUCACCAUGGAAACCCACAGUGAGCGCUGGUGGACGCCGAGAUUGGAUCCUGGAUUGGAAACGGAGAGGCUGGCGGAUGUGUAAACAGCUCUUCUUGUCGCCUUCACGUCAACUUGCUGAGACUUGUCUUUGCAGAUCUCAGAAAAACAAAGGCGUGUAGCUGGGGGCAAUUGCACAUCCCAAGUGCUCCAGGCGCUGGCGGGGGCCGAUGCCACAAACAUGCACGCAAGGUCUGAUUCGGUGUCUAAACAUGCCAGGCGUGACAAUCAGGCGGCCGCUUCGGAUCUGAUCUCAAGUUUGGACAUUGGGCGAACACCUUUCCAGGCCAUGUUUUUCCAGCAUGCCACACUCUAACGCGUGUUCACACCAGGAAAGUCUGCUUUGAGCCGGACCAAAUACGAUGUAAAUUGAUUCGGUUUGGUGCUGUUCGCUUUCACACUGCCUUUUUUGCAAGUGUAGCCGAAACUGUAAACCAAACCACACGUGUGCUAAGGUCAUCCAUUUAUUGGUUCGUUCAGCUGUACCAGAGUUCGUUUGGAAGCGGACCACCUCUUCAGCUGGUCCUCACCUGAGUGCGAUUGCUGUAUUCACAGCUGCCCAAAAGAUUCGCACCAAAGGGGGGAAAUGAACUUGAGCCACUAGAAGGCAAGCCUGCAACCUCUAGCCGAAAAAGCAUUACGUACGUAGAAAAGAAGAUAAGCAUGUCGAGACUUAUCGUUUAAUGAACCAACAGCCUAUCCGCUUAUCGUCAACAUGUUUUACACUAAACAAUACUUUUGGAUUGAAUGAUUUUUUAAGAGUUUACCGAGAUAAAAAUGCAGUUUUAUAAGACAAGCCACUGACUUUUUGCGACAGGUGGGAUUCAGCCUACGGCACUUCUCAUUCGUUCCUAUGGUAUCCGUAAAUGGCAAAUGAGUGUCGCACACCUCAAUGACGUCAAGGCUGUAAUGUGAUUGGUUAUCAAGGCACACGGUUAUCAAGUUAGCCGUUACGCUUUCCAACAGCUAGUAAUACGGACCCCGUCAUCUCCCUACAAUAAGACUCGAGUUCGAUUCAAUCGAACCAAACGUCGCGUGUGAAUACGCCCUUCGUUUUUAUAGCAUCUUGUACAAUCCAGCAGCGCAGAAUGCCUCGGAACCGGGCGUUUUCGGAGCCCGAGUACUCUGCGGAGUAUUCGGCGGACUGCUCGGUCACCCUGCCCUCGGACCCGGGUCAAGCGGUGGGACGCACCCACGAGGUGACGGUGCGCAGCUCCGGCUGCUGCCUGUGUCUGCCGCGGUUCAUGCGCCUGACCUUCGCCCCGGACUCUCUGGAGAACCUCUACCAGACCUACUUCCGCCGGCAGAGGCACGAGACCCUGCUGGUGCUGGUGGUGUUCGCGGCCCUCUUUGACUGCUACGUCAUCGUGAUGUGCACUGUGCUCUACACGGGGGAUAAGCUGGCGUCUGUGGCCGUGGCUUCGGUGGGGCUGGCGGCGGACGUCCUGCUGUACCUGCUGUGCCGCUUCGGUCUGCUCCCGGACCGCGUGACCCGCCGCCUGGUGCCCUACGCCCUGUGGGUGCUCAUAGCGGCCCAGAUCUUCUGUUACCUAGGACUGAACUUUGCCCGCUUCCAUCAGCCCAGCGACACUGUGGGUUGGCAGGCGUUUUUUAGCUUUUCCUUCUUCUUGACUCUGCCUCUGCGGCUGACCCCUAUAGUGCUGAUCACGGCCGUGUCCUGCGGUGUGCACACGCUCGUCCUGGGCGUCACCAUCGCCCAGCAGCAGCAGGAGGACAUCCAGGGGGCGGCUCUGGGAAGACAGUUGCUGGCCAACAUUGUGAUCUACUUCUGUGCCAUCACAGUGGGCGUCAUGUCGUAUUACAUGGCCGACCGCAAACACCGCAAGGCCUUUCUGGAGGCCCGGCAGUCGCUGGAGGUCAAGCUCAACAUGGAGGAGCAAAGUCAGCAGCAGGAGCGUCUCCUGCUGUCCAUCUUACCCAAGCACAUCGCAGACGAGAUGCUCCAGGACAUGAAGAAAGAAGCCAGUCAGAAAGAGAUGCAGCAGUUCAACACCAUGUACAUGUAUCGGCACGAGAACGUCAGUAUUCUGUUCGCAGACAUCGUGGGCUUCACUCAGCUGUCCUCGUCCUGCAGCGCUCAGGAGCUGGUGAAGCUGCUCAACGAAUUGUUCGCCCGCUUCGACAAAUUAGCAGCCAAAUACCACCAGUUGAGGAUCAAGAUUCUGGGCGACUGCUACUACUGUAUUUGUGGCCUUCCAGAUUACCGCGAUGACCAUGCGGCCUGCUCCAUCAUGAUGGGCCUGGCCAUGGUCGAGGCCAUUUCAUAUGUGCGUGAAAAAACUCAGACAGAAGUGGACAUGCGUGUGGGUGUGCACACGGGUACUGUACUCGGUGGAGUCCUGGGACAGAAGCGCUGGCAGUUUGAUGUCUGGUCUACUGAUGUUACUGUAGCAAACAAGAUGGAGUCAGGAGGCAUCCCAGGGCGUGUGCACAUCUCUCAGAACACAAUGGACUGUUUGCACGGUGAGUUUGAGCUGGAGGAGGGCAAUGGAGGAGAGCGCUGUGAGUAUCUUCUGGAGAAAGGUAUCGACACAUACCUGGUGCUCGUGUCCAAAGACACUCCCAAAACAAACGGAGUGACCAACGGCACAGUGAUUAAUACAACAAAACCCAGCGGCAGUUACACAUCAGUAAAGAACAUACCUGAGGAGUCAGAGACACAGCAGCUGCAGCUGGCUAAUAUGAUCGAUGAAGGGAUAGAGGAUGAGCAUCUGAACCAGCUGCUGAACAAAGCUCUGCUGGAGAGAGAGACAGAGGAGACUCUGGAGAAGAGGAAGACGUCGGUUCUGUCUCUGAGGUUUGAGGACUCUGAUCUGGAGUCUCGUUACUCAGCAGAGAAGGAGAGACGGACGGGUGUUGCGUUCAGCUGUUGUUGUGUCGUUCUGAUCUUCACCUCAGUCAUGGAAAUGCUCAUAGACCCACAGCUGAUAGUGAAUUAUGUGACUCUAGCUGUUGGUGAGCUGUUACUUCUGAUUCUGACGCUGUGUUCACUAGCAGCCAUCUUUCCUCGAGUCUUCCCCCGUAGGCUGGUGUCUUUCUCUCAGUGGAUCGACCGCACACGAUGGGCUCGUAACACAUGGGCAAUGGCUGCCAUAUUUGUUCUGACCAUGGCUGAGGUGGCUGAUAUGCUGAGCUGUGUUCAGCCCCCUCUUGUGCUGCUGAACUCCUCUUCCGGCAUGACACUCGAGUCUCUGGGUGACGGCGGUUGCGCAGAGAACCCCAAACACUACGGAUACAUAUCAGUGCUGUCGCUCGUGGCAACUGUUAUGCUCGUACAGCUCAGCCAUGUGGUCAAGCUGGCGCUCAUGCUGCUGGUUACCAUAGCAACAGGUGCCGUAAACAUCCACAGCUGGAUGUACAUUUACGACAUCUACGAUUUCAUUCGCUACCUGGACUACAGUUACUCAGUGGUUCCCACCAGAUAUCUUCUGACUGUGAUGAUUAUCAUCAUGAUGAUGAGUUUCUACUACUUUGCGCGUCACGUGGAAAGACAGUCGCGUAAACUGUUUCUGUGGAAGAUUGAGGUUCACAAUCAGAAGGAGAAAGUGUAUGAAAUGAGAACGUACAACGAGGCGCUGGUCACUAACAUGCUUCCUGAUCAUGUGGCCAAACACUUCCUGGGCUCUAAGAUGCGCGAUGAGGAACUUUACAGUCAGUCGUACGAUGAGAUUGGCGUGAUGUUUGCCUCUAUUCCCAACUUCUCUGACUUUUACACGGAGGAAAGUAUAAACAAUGGAGGAAUAGAAUGCCUUCGAAUCCUGAAUGAGAUCAUCUCUGACUUUGACAGUAUCAUUAGUGAGGAUCAGUUUCGUCAACUAGAAAAGAUCAAAACCAUUGGCAGCACCUACAUGGCUGCCUCUGGGCUUAAUGACUCCACUUACGAUAAAGCAGGAAGGUCACACAUUCGCGCUCUAGCCGACUACGCUAUGCGCCUCAUGGACCAGAUGAAGUACAUCAAUGAACACUCUUUCAAUAACUUCAAAAUGAAGAUUGGUCUCAAUAUAGGUCCUGUCGUGGCUGGUGUCAUAGGGGCUCGUAAACCGCAAUAUGACAUAUGGGGGAAUACUGUGAAUGUAGCCAGCCGCAUGGACAGCACUGGGGUACCUGAGAGAAUACAGGUUACAACUGACCUCUACCAGGUGCUCAGCUCUUAUAACUACACACUGGAGUGCAGAGGCGUUGUGAAAGUCAAAGGCAAAGGAGAAAUGACAACCUACUUUCUAAAUGGAGGACCCAACAGCAGUUAACACUCAACGUCUGAUGUUCAGAACAUUUUUGAGAUGAUGAUGACGAGACGCUGUGGGCCAGGCCUGGCUGUUGAACGGCAAUCCUCUUGGACCAAUCACAAUAGGAUUUGUUCGUAAACAGUCCUCAGCCGGUCUAAGAGUGGCCCCUUUGCACACUGAGACUUCCUUUAUGGAUUAACAGAGGGCUUUGGCCCCUUUAUUUAAGGCAUGGAACAGCUCAGAAAGACGGUUCAUCCUCAGAGACCAAAGAAACAAAGGAAUCUCAAGGCAUACAAAGCAGUUCUCCCGGUCUUAUAUUUCUUAUAUUGCCAAGAGAGGACAGAUGAACUGCAUUCUCUGCACCUGGCUUUGGCGCUCUCAGGUGUGGCUGGACUGCGAUCUUACUCCACCGACUGCUCCUGGUGGAUCCAAAACAAAACUGCAUGAAAACACUGAAGCCAAUAUACCUGUAAAACACACGUUUUAUGUGUAUAUGAUUCAUCAGUGUAUGUAAAGAGUUCUUUUCAUAUGGUCUUGUUGCGUUCAACACUGUCUAGGUGAUAUCACAGUAGAUAGAGAUAUCGAGAUGAGCUAAUAUAUGGUAGAAGGCCAUAGUGAGCACAGCAGCUCUAUAAACCCUUUAUGGUUUCCUGAACUUUGCUGCAGCGACUGUGGUUGUUACUGGUAAGGGAGCUAGCGUUGACAGUGUUACUUCUGAAUGAUCUAGAGUUGAGAAUAAAGCCCCGUUCAUGCCGCCUUGACUUAAUACAACCCGAAGUCAUUUAUUUUCAGUGUUGGGAUUUUUCUCAGGUGCAACCUCAUGGAGCAUUUCAAUCUGUCUUCAGAAACUUUAGUUGAGAAUCAUUUCGACUAAAUUCUGUCCUUGCAGUCAGCCAUGUAUGGCUCUAAUCAUGUGCAGGGUCAGUGUAUAAAAAACAAUGCAUAUGACAAUUAGAUGUAUGUGGACCCAAAUAGGCCAGAGUUUAUGCUUUCGGCACAGAUAAAUGGCCGUCCACAUUGCACAUACUGAUUCCCGUUUAUCUUUAAACAAUGCACUGUUACAACUUAAAUGCAUUUUUCUUCCAGAAUGUUCAUUUUAGCGGUGUAAAUUAAUUUGUCAAUAAGAAAUGAGACUGAACAAGCAACCAACCAGUACGGCGGAUGGUGGCAUGAACAGGGCAUGUGACUCUGUUCCAAACACAAAUUUACUUUCUCAUAAGACACUUGUAUACACUAAAGACACUUUUAAGGAUAGAGUAAAACGGUCAAAUAUGGCUGUUUUGUAUUUUUAACAUUUUAUAUUUUGACUCCAAAAGCAAAACUGUCAGUGCUAUUUUAGAUUAUAUAUUUUAUAUAUUAAUGUAUUAGAAUGCUGUCUAUAAAUCCAUAUAAACAUAACGGAACACUAAAUUCCUGCACAUUUGAACAGGAGGGAGAGGUUUUUAAGUGUAAGUUAUCAGUCACCCUUUUCUGUCGCUGCAUCCAUUUGGAUAAAAUCUGUAGCUAGCCUUGUAACCAAGUAAGCAGAAUAUCUUUGGCCUUUCUCCAAAAAGGGUUUCUGUAUCCUGUCAAGUACACUACAAUGUAAUUAUGAGUAGAAAAUGGAUUUGCAGAAGGCGAAAUGGCAAUUGAGUGUUUCAGAACAGCCACAGUCGUUUAAAGCUUGGCAAACACAUCUGCAAAUAUUGAUUUUAGCCUUGCGUUUGUAGUGCGUGGGACAACGAGUUGGGAUCCUCUAGGGAUGAUUCCGUUAUGCCACAAGUCUUCAACAUUUUUGCACUGCAGCUCGACCAGCAUUUCCUUCUCUCUCUCUCUCUCAGUUCAGUCUGAUGGUCCGACCCAAUGAAUGUCCAUUUUCUCCAAUGAGGCCUUUGUAUGUAAGAAUUGGAGUGUGUACACAAACUGGGACUUUUUUGUUGUUGUUGUUUAACCUAUUUCGGAUACAGUCAAGUAGGAUUAUGAUAUAAUGUUUUGGGGGAAAAAAAUCUGCAUUUUCUCAAAUAUGUGUUAUGAAACAGUAAAGUAUAUUUGGUCCUGUUCUAGCUUCUCUCAACGUGGACCCAGCAGGGCUUCCGGUCAGGUGUUUUUUUCCAUCGAAGAUUAGUGCCAUUUUCUUGUCUGAUUCUUUUUUUUUUCUUUCUUUUUUUUCUUUUUUUUAAAAAAAAAAAAUAAAACCUCUGGUUGAAUGUUUUUGCAUUUAGUGUCACCAUGAUAGUUUUAAUGUUAGACGACGCUGAGGUGUGUAUUUUCUGCGGCACCGAACGAGAUUGGACACACUCCCUUCACGCCAUUGGUCAGACGAUAAUUAGCCCCGCCCUAAAAGCACGCCAUUGGUUGGGCCAGCUGAGGCAGUUUUACUUUAAUCGGGUUUAGUUUAUGAAUAGGUAACAAGUAUGUAUCUGCGUAUUUAACUGGGAGGAGAAAGUAUUUAAACCAUUAAAAUCACACACUCCAGCUUUAAUUCACUUUCUUGUGUGUGUUAUCCAAACGAAAGCACUGAGGUAAGAGAUGUCAAGUAAAUACCACAUGUUAUGUCCUGCUGAGUUCUGGCAUUUACUAUUCCAGUGGAGCUUCAUCUUCGGUUGUAUUUGCUUAUCUGCCAUGUCAAAACUCAAUGCUGUUUUAUACAUCCAAAUAAACUAUUAUAAUAUUAAA